AGGCGAGCAUAUACACACGCUACCUCACACAUCCUAUCACAGAUAGGAUAAACCCUGAUACAAUAACACACAGCAGAAUGGAGACUGCACAGGACAAAUACAUCAAUUCUAAUUGUACGACUGAAAAUAAAUUAGAUAAACAGAACAGUAAGAACACUUUAUUUCUUAGCAGUAAUUUGUACGAAGGUAUGAGCGUGGAUGAAGAUGACCAGGCUACUCAUAGCACCAGAAGAAACCUGGGACUUAACAUUGCAUGGAGAAGAUAUUACAACCUGACUGCAGUCUGUGUGGUGCUGCUGUGUGUGAUCCUGCUGACUGUUGUCACAGUGCUGUGGGUCAAAUACAAUGACCUGAAUACAGAAAACAACCAGCUACAGACCAGUUACAACAACCUGACUAUGCAGAAAGAACAACUGCAGACUAGUUACAACAACCUGACUAUGCAGAAAGACCAGCUGCAGACUAGUUACAACAACCUGACUAUGCAGAAAGACCAACUGCAGACUAGUUACAACAACCUGACUAUGCAGAAAGACCAACUGCAGACUAGUUACAACAACCUGACUAUGCAGAAAGACCAACUGCAGACUAGUUACAACAACCUGACUAUAGAGAGAGACCAGUUACAGUCCACUAAUUAUGACCUGAGUAGAGAGAAAGAUCAACAAGAAGCCAAACUGAAGGAACUGACAAAGGAAAUGAUCACUUUACAAGCCAGAUAUAAUAACAUGACAAACAAGAGUGAUCAGUUACAGAAGGAAAAGGACACCAUUCAAAUGAAUUUGGCUGCUAUAGUUUCACAUUUCAAACUGGGAUGGCGAUAUCUCAACUCCAAGAUUUACUAUGUCUCUGCUGGCAAGAAAACCUGGAGUGAGAGCAGACAAGACUGCAGAAAUAGAGGAGCAGACCUGGCCGUCAUAAACAGCAGAGAGAAACAGGAUUUCAUCGUUAAUCAGCUGAGCAACAGUCGAGCUUGGAUUGGUGUGAGUGACAGAGACAGAGAGGGAGUGUGGAAAUGGGUGGACGGUACACCACUGACCACUAAGUUCUGGUGUGGAGGGGAACCGAAUAAUGCGGGGGAGGAGGACUGUGCUGAGACUGGGUUUCCCAAUAGGAACUGCUGGAAUGACAGGAACUGCGAGACUGAGGAAACAUGGAUCUGUGAGAAAGUGCUUUUCAGUAAUUAGAUUAAAGCACAGGAAAAUGAUCAAAUGUUUCCAGUUCAAGCUGUAUGUACUGAGCAGUUGUAACUGUAUUAGGCAUUGUUCUCAUAUUCUCAUGUAAUUCUAGUUAAAAGUUAAAAUUAAAAGUUACAAUUUUUAAUUUUUACUUUCAAAUGUCUACUUUCUGUGUGAUCAGAAAUUAGAAAUGUACUAUGAGAAAUGCUUUUACUGUUUUGUGAAUUGCUUUUUUUCACUUUAGUGAAAGACACACUAUAGUCAGUUUAUAUAAAAUCUGUUGAUUUCUACUAAUAAAAAGAUUUCAGUGAGCCCUGAUGUGAGGCAUGGAGUGGAGUUUUACAAAAUAUAUAUAACUUUCAGAUACACUAUAUUGCCAAAAGUAUUCGCUCACCCAUCCAAAUAAUCAGAAUCAGGUGUUCCAAUCACUUCCAUGGCCACAGGUGUAUAAAAUCAAGCACCUAGGCAUGCAGACUGUUUUUACAAACAUUUGUGAAAGAAUGGGUCGCUCUCAGGAGCUCAGUGAAUUCCAGUGUGGAACUGUGAUAGGAUGCCACCUGUGCAACAAAUCCAGUCGUGAAAUUUCCUCGCUCCUAAAUAUUCCACAGUCAACUGUCAGCUGUAUUAUAAGAAUGUGGAAGUGUUUGGGAACGACAGCAACUCAGCCACGAAGUGGUAGGCCACGUAAACUGACGGAGCGGGGUCAGCGGAUGCUGAGGCACAUAGU